UCAACAGGUGCGAGGAGCUGGCGCGGUUCGCCCUGAUGCACUGCCUGGCGUCCAGCCUGUGCUUCUGGGUGUGGACCAUCCUGAGGGAGACGAUGGACUCGCUGGCGCACUACGACCACCAGGACGCCCCGCACGAGCACCUGGAGCAGCCCGAGGACGUCCUCCUGGACUACGACACCGACUACCCGGCGGCGCCCCUGGCCGCGCCCCUCGGAUCCACCCACGCGCCGACGGCCGGCACCGGGCCAGUGGCCAUGCCCCUCACCACGUACCACAAGCGCGGUGCUCUGGAUCUGGUCAAGUUCAUGAACGCCUCGUCGCUGGGCUCGUCCGAAUGCCGGGCGUCCACGCAGCUGUCUACCGUGCUCGACAGCCUGUCGCCCUACCUCUACCCGUUCACCAUCGAGUACAGCAUCCUCGUCGUUGGCGUGCUGUUCGUCAUCUGGCAGAACAUUGGCAACUGCAGCAACGCGGUGGAGGAGGCCGCGGAGGCCGACGGUAAGGUGAGCAGCGCGGCGAGCACGUCGAGCGCAAGCAGCACUGCUAGCAGCAGGGGCUCGACGGCGUCCCUGUGCCGCCCGCCGCCCAUGUCGCCACAGAGCGGCUUCGUGAGCAACGUGGUGCUGCACGCCGACUGCCACUCGGCCAACAAGGGGCUCUUCGCCGGCCUCAUCGUGCUGGUGGGGGCCGCCAUCUCCAUCAUCCUGUUCCUCCUCGCCAUGGCAGACAGGCGAGUCACAGUUACAUUAGAGAUUUUAAUUUUCUAG